GACGCGCGUGCGGCGUGAGUAGUCUCUGCUACCGCUUAUGUUCACGCAAGAGUUUGCAGAGGCGAGAUUCUGUCCAGCCAGGUGCUUCAUCAAAAUCUCAGAUCAUUAUUUAAGGCCCUCCGUGUGUUUUAAAGCUUUACUGGUAUUUAAUACCGGAACGUACAGAAAGCGAUUCAUAGAAAGUUUGUAUGAUAGCGAGUUUCUACUAUAUAAGUUAGCCUUUCUUUAUCAUUAUCGACCGCUUUUGUUAGUGUACAUUUAAAACAAUACUGCUGUCGUCCGUUUUUGUUUCUCUGGUCGAAUGGCCUCUGUUGUCACAGUGAAGACAGAGAAGCGUCCUGCCCCUGUUACCGAGGAUGGUGACCCUGUGGCUAAGAAGGCCAGGAAGUUGUUGCCCAGCCUGAAGACCAAGCGCGCCCCUGAGCUGGUGCUGGUGAUCGGGACGGGGGUGAGCUCGGCCGUAGCUCCACAGGUACCCGCUCUGCGCUCUUGGAAAGGUCUGAUCCAGGCGCUGCUGGAUGCUGCCAAUGACUUUGAUUUGCUUGAAGAGGAAGAGAGUCGACGUUUCCAGAAAAGUCUGCAGGAGGACAAGAACCUGGUGCACGUUGCUCAUGACCUCAUCCAGAAACUUUCACCGCGGACGGGAAACGUACGCUCCACCUUCUUCAAAGACUGCCUCUACGAGGUGUUUGAUGACCUGGAAUGUAAGAUGGAGAAUGCUGGCAAGCAUCUCCUCAGCUCAGUGUUGCAACUGAUGGAGAGUGGAGCUCUGGUCCUCACCACCAACUUCGACAACCUGCUAGAGAUCUACGCUGCCCAUCAAGGGACCAAGCUUGAGUCUCUGGAUCUCACAGAUGAGAAGAAGGUGCUGGAGUGGGCUCAAGAGAAGAGAAGGCUAAGCGUGCUUCACAUUCACGGCGUUUACACCAACCCCAGCGGUAUCGUACUGCAUCCUGCCGGCUACCAGAACGUUCUGAGGAACACUGAAGUCAUGAGGGAGAUCCAGAAACUCUACGAAACCAAGUCGUUUGUGUUCCUAGGCUGCGGGAGGACGGUGGACGACACCACCUUCCAGGCCCUGUUCCUUGAGGCGGUCAAACACAAGUCCGACCUCGAACACUUCAUGCUGGUACGGCGAGAGGACGUUGGGGAAUUCAAGAAGCUUCGCGAUAACAUGCUGGACAAGGGCAUUAAGGUCAUCUCGUACGGAAACGAAUACGCCGACCUGCCGGAGUACUUCGAGCGGCUAGCCAACGAGAUCUGUCACCGGGACGUGGAGCGGGAGGUGGCGACGACCAAUGGUUGGGGAUCGCCCAUCUUAGAAGGCGAAGAUACCCAGAAUGGUUUUAUAACCCAGAAAAACCUCCUGCAAGACGACCACUCGUGACACAAGUGGCAGUCUUAAGAACAUUUCCACAGCUCCCCCUGCCGCUCAGGUCUGGUAUGACUAGAUCUUCACGCACAACAGACUUUCACUGUUUCAUGUGAUGCGAUGUCGUCGGGUUUUCCCUCGCGAGGGAAAGGAUAGAGAAAGCACCACCAAGGAAACUGUGAAUUCCCUCAUCUCAAAGAUAUGUUUAUGAAACUGCGUGUGUGUGUUUGUGUGUGAGAUGGAGUUUUUAUGUUGUGAUUGUUAUGUGUGGACCAGGAAUGAUGUUCAGGGCCAGUGGGAUCUUCAACAUAGAUAUGAAAUAUGAAAUAUGAGAUAUGAGAUAUGAAAUGUGGUUUGGCAAUUACAGACGUGGGCAAACGGUUUAACAGGAGUCUUAAAAUCUCCAUGUCAACGCACCAGCAUUAUUAUUGAAGUCAUUGGGUGGAUCUCAUGAAAACUGGGAUGAAAUAUGACCCACAUACGUGAAAAAUAAAAUCUAAUCUUUCGUUUUAGUAUUUCAUUUGAUUAAUAUUCACAAUAUUCCAAUGCAAAAUCAUCCUGAAACUGUCUUCAGUUUGUGUGUCCUUGAGGUUUUGUGGUAAAAUUGGAACUGUGCGUUUUUUGUGAGAUUCGCCCAGUGAGCCAGUCUAUUCUCUAGGUGGACACUCUGAACACCUUGUCGGUAUGACUGAGGUGUGAUUCAACAUGCAUGCGAUUUCUCAGGCUAUAUUUAGAAACAUCUCAGCUUUCCUCGUUCUACAUGAAAGGGUCACAAGACAAAUGAAGACAUUAAUAAAAAAACAUUGCCCUGAAGCCACUUUGUUUUACAUUUCAAUACACCAUUUUUGCACUUUGAUUCAUUUUCCAUUCAGUCUUAAGUGCUACGUCACUUGAAAUAUAUGUAAGCAGAUGUUUAUAAGACUUGUACUUUACUACAGUGAUCAGCUGUUGCGUCAUGUCCAGAAAUGUCUUAAGGUAUUUAUAUGCUAUUUUAAAAUAAAUCUUCUGUUUCA